UUUAUUUAUUUUGGAAUGUCUUCAACAUUUUCAAAAAAUUCUUCUUUUACUCUUUCUUCGAGUAGUACAAUUUCUAAUGGAUCAAAUACAUCAUUAAACAGCAGCAAUUUUGAUAUUGAUCCAUUGAAGUUAUUGACAAGUAAAUUGAGUAAAUUUAGGGAUCAAAUAUCGCAAACACUUUUGUCUACUCCAGAAGGAUUUUCUUCGUUGAGCGCAUUUAUUGAUGAUUUUUGGUAUUUUAAUUUUAUUUAA